AUGGGUAAUUCAAGUAGUAGUAAUAAUAAACAUAAUAAUGAAAAUAUUUUAAAUUUGAACAAUAUAAAUAGUAAUAAUAAUAAUAAUAAUAAUAAUAAUAAUAAUAAUAAUGGCUCAAAUACGAUUGGUUCAAAAAUAUUAACGAUAGAAGAGAUUCAACAUUUGUUUAGAGAGGAUAAUAAAAAUCUAAUAUCAGCAGAGGAUAUUAAUAAUAGUAUUAUAACUCUCAAAAAUAAUUUAUAUUCUGGUUCAGUUAACAUUCAUUCAAUAUUAGCAAAGAUUGAAUGUAUAUUUUAUGCAUCAAGCACUUCAAAUUAUGAAAGCACAAUAGAAUAUUUUAAAUCACUUUCAAAACCAAUAUGUUGUAGUAAAGUAUGGGGACCUAAAACAAUGUUUUAUAGAUGUAAAACUUGUGCAAAAUCACCAAAUUCAUCAAUUUGUUUUGAAUGUUUCAAAGCAGGUCCACAUGAAAAGGAUGGCCAUGACUAUUCCAUGAGUUUUGCAUCAUAUGGCGGUAGUUGCGAUUGUGGAUCAAUUGAUUCAUGGAAAGAGGGAGGUUUUUGUGAUCAACAUAAACACCCAGAAGAAGAUCAUAUCCCAACUAAAGACAUGAAUAAACUUCAUUUGGUUUCAACUCAUCUAGUAUUUCGUCAUUUAUUAACUAUAGUAUUAGAUCUUAAUAAACAACCACUUGGUUCAUUAUUAGAAAGACCAGUAUUCGUUUCGGUUCAAAUCCUUAAAUGGAUUACAGAAAUGGCUCACUUGUGUCGUUCGGUCUCCCAUGUUUUAUCUGAAGAAUUAUGUUACCAAUCUUUAGACCCUGCUAUAAUAUCACCAAAAGAAACAAUACCAAAAUCAAUUCCACCAAUUAUAAUAAAACCUGUAUUAUUUACUGAUCAAGAUUAUCAAAUUCAAUUAUUAAAAACUGAAAACAUUUUAAAUAAUAAUUUAUCAAAUACAACAUCAAAAACAACAACAACAACAACAACUACAACAUUAACAUCAAAUGUUAAUUUAUUAUCAAGGUCAUUAAGUGAAUUAACAAUUAAAUCAAUUAAUGAUAGAUUAUUCAAAUUUAGUUACCCAAUUUCAUAUGAUUAUAGACCACCAUUAUACAAUUUAUUAAAUAUUUCAGAUGAAGGUAUAAAACAAGAGUAUAUGAAUUUAUUUUUAUUUUUACUCUGCGAACAUACAUUCAAAUUUGGGUUUUCUCAAUCUUAUUUAAAGGUUUAUAAAUCUCUUUGUUAUAAUAAUACAGUCGAUAUAUUAUUUAGAUUUUCACCACAAAUAUUUUCAGUAUGCUCAGUCAGUGAACAGUUUUCAAUCGAUAGGGAAAAUGGUUUUAUAGAUUGUAUUUUCGAAUCAUUAUUCUUUCAUUUAUCAGAUAAUAAAAAACUAGAUAAGAAUCAUAUUGCAAUCGUUUCCGAUUUAAAAACAAUUUUACAACAUAAAUCAAUUGCUCACCAUAUGAUGUUUACCAAUAGAAAAUAUUUAGAGCUUUAUAUUAGACUUUUACAAACUAUUCAAUCUACAAGUGAUGACAGAUAUGGUGAUUAUCAAAAGAGAUAUAUAGAUACCCAUAUUCCUUAUGAAGAUACACAAUGGAUUCAAUUCUUUCAAAUCGAUACCGAAUUUAAAGAGAUUUCAUAUAUUUUAAUUGAUUCCCUUUCCGAAGAAGAUUCUAUCGAAGGCCUUAAAGAUAUGAUACAGUUCAUUUGUGACCGUUUGAUUUUAGAUCCAGAGCUAGAAGGAAUGACAAAGUAUAAUGGUGUAUCCGUAACAAAGAAAGAUUUAUUUAGAGGUGAAAAAUCAGUUACCACAACUUUACCUUACCAUCGUUUUUUAGGUGUCGCUAUCAAUCGUGUUAAACAACUCUACCCAAAAGAAGAUCUCCGAGAUAUAGUGCCACAAACUUUUAAUUUUAGUGCAUUCAUUUAUCAAUUUGUAUUGGCAAAUGUAUAUUGUCAGCAAGUAAAUUCAAAUUACUGGGUUAGAAAUGGUGAUGUUGCCAUCAAGAAAAAGGCCUAUGUAUACUCUUUAUUCUUUUUAGAAUUGGAUUUAUCAAUUUUACAAUUAUCUGCUUCCAUUGUUGAUAUUGACGAGUUUUUAAUUUUUUCAUCGAAAGAAUUUGGUGCCACUAUUCCAUACAGGAUAACAACCGAAGAGAAUGGUAAUUUUCAUCGUUAUGGUCAUUUCUUAAAGUUUGUAAUUCAAAUUCUUCAAGAACGUUUAUUCUUUAUGUCAACUGACGAGCAUACAAAAUAUACAUUAGUUCAAUUGCUUUCAUCAAAACCAAAAACCCACAGUCAAAUCGAUAGUGUUAUGAAUUAUGUAGAGAGGGAAUUAAACUAUGAACACAUUCUCAGGGAGAUCUCUGAUGAAAUUCAUUCAAAUUCAGACAGUCCAUAUCACUAUAAAAUGAAGAACGAAUUUUGGAAGAAUUUUAAUUUAUACUAUCCAUUGUUCACUCCAUAUAUUUUAGGUGAAGAAUCAUUACAAUCUUUUUUAGAAUAUAAAAAGAAAAAUAAUAUCGAGUUUCCAGAAUCAUUACCAUGCCCACCAAUUAUAGAAUGUUCAAAAGAUAAAGUUGUACCAAAAGACCGUUUCAACUUUUCACAAAUAAUUCAUUCAGAUUAUUUAUUCUAUAUGUUUAACUCUAUCAUCACAAGCUAUCUCAAUGAAAAUGAAGAAAACAAUGAAGUUGGUUGUGGUAUUAACGAUGUAUUAUUUUUAAUAUUAUUGAUUUUAGAGAAAACUCAAAAACUCGUCGACCCAUUAGACUCAAAUGUUGACCUCGAUUGGAAGUUAUUUGAUACAUACAGUCCAGCAGUCAAGCAUCAUGACUCAAUAAAAUGUAUACUACAAACAACCUUUGGAAAUAAAUCAAUUUUAACAAAUCUAAUUGAAAUGUAUAAUCAAUCAAUCAAUAAUAGUUUACAUCAAGAUAAAAUUGAAUACAUUGAAAAGUCAUUAAAGAUUUUAGCAUCCAUUCAUCCAUCCAUUUUAAAUAGAAUUUGUAUAAAGUGCCCAUCAUUAGAAGAAAAGUUAAGAUUAACAAAGAAUACUGGUUCAAGUAGUGUAAGUGGUCCAUUAUCACCAAAUCCAAACUCUGAUAAAAAGAUGGAUGCUAAAAAACGUCAAGCUGAAAUUAUGGCCAAAUUUGCACAACAGCAAUCAAAAUUUUUAGAAUCUGCAAACGAUAUGGAUUUUGACAGUGAUGAAGACGACUAUGAAGAUCAUAAAAUUCAUAGUACCAGCAAAAAUAAAAAACAAAAUCCAUUUUCAUCACCACAAACUAAAAAUACUACCACUACUAGUAGUCCAUCACCAUCCAAAGGAAGUAAUAAUAUGUUAUCACCACAGUUUAAAAACUCAACUCCACAAAUUAAUGGUAGCAGAGAAUUAUUUAAUGAAACAUUAAAGAGCAAAGAUUGUGUUUUAUGUCGUGAAACUCAUUCAAGUGAUCUUGAUCCAUUGUCUUUAAUAUCUUUCCUCCAACCAUCACGAAUGAUAGCUUUGGCAAAAAGUUCAUAUGUUGCUAAAAAGUCUCCUGAGUUAAAACGUUACGAUACUUUUUCAAGGGAUUCAAUGUUUUAUAAUUUCCCACAAAAAAGAGAUAUGAAUACAUUAAACUUUAUGUCAUCAUUCCAUAUUCGUAGUUGUGGUCAUUACAUUCACAAAAAGUGUCACAAGAAAUAUUUCCCAAAAGUAUUAAAUCACGAAAAUGAAGAAACUAAUUUCAAGCCCUCAUUAAAAGAAUUCCUUUGUCCACUAUGUAGAAGAAUUGGAAAUAUUAUUAUACCAACUUAUACUGAAUCAUCAGUUACAUGUUCACCAAUUAUUUCAGGUUUUGAUCUUUCAAAUUUAAAUUCAAAAUACAAUUUAUAUCAAUCCCCAACCCAACAACAUGGUAAUGAUACUUUAACAAAUAGUAAUAGUAGUGAUGGUAUUUCAAAUAAUAACAAUAAUAAUAUCAAUAAUAAUAAUAGUUUAAAUAAUUCUUCGUCAACUUCUUUCUCAAAUAUUGGUGGUUCAUCAUCAGCAUUAAAUGGAAAUCGUUUAAUUGAAGCUUGGAUUGAUGGCUUAAAAAAAAGAUUAAAAGAUAUAAGAUUUAUAGAACCAAGAGGCGAAUUAUUCUUUUCAACAGCAGUUAACGAUUUAAUGAUUCCAUUAAUUGAAGGUGUUACAGGCAUGGUUUAUUUCCAAAUGGUAGCCAAAAAUAUUGAACUUUUGGAAUUGGCAUCAAGACCUUAUAGUAAAAAAGGUCACCCAAAUGAAAAUUUAUAUCCAAUUACAAAUGACCUUUUCAAUAGAGAUAUGCUUACAAUUCAUACACUUUUCAAUUUAGUUAGUAUUUUAGCUCACAAUGCCAUAGACACCAAAUUUAAAGAACGUCUUGUUGAAAUUCUUAAAGGAAAAAGCUCAUCAAUUUUAUCAAUUGACCCAUUCGCUUUAUUCAUAGUUUUAACUAUAGUAUUGGGCUCACCAACUCAACAAGAUAUUGAAAUUAUUACAAAUUUAAUUUUAAAUUUAUUUAUUACCCAAUUUUAUUUAACAAAUUUAUAUACAGAAAAAGAAAUUAACAAAAAAUCAGGUAAUAAAAAAUCAAUUUCAAUUUUAUUCAAUCAAUCAUAUAAUCCAAGUAAUGGUUUUUUAAAAGAUAAAUUUAGAGAAAAAUUAGAAAUUUCAUUAGAACCAUUAUUAAAAUGUAUUUUUAUUGCAGUUCAAUUUAUUUAUCCAUCGGCAUUAGGAGGAUCUUCAUCAAUUAAAUUAAAUGGAUCAAAAUUAGAUAAUGGUAGCAUAAGUUAUAUCUCCAAAGAAGAUUUAAUCAACAGAGAAAUGAUUUUUAGUAAAUUGAACAUUCCCUCGACUGAUGAACUCAUUAAUCAAUCAUUUAGUAACCAAUAUUUAUCAUCAUGGUUAACUCAAUUAGAAAGCAAAAAGGUGGAUCCAUUUUUCACUGUUCAAUACACCAGACCAGAGUUUAUAGAGCUACCACGUACCUAUGAAGAUUUCUUUGUAUCUCACACUAAUUCAGAAUGCUACAACUGUAAAACUAAACCAGACUCCUCUGCCGUUUGCCUAUUGUGCGGUACCUUAGUUUGCAUUAAAAGCGAAUGCUGCAAUGCUCUCGAUAAAGGUAUUAUUUUGGGUGAAGCUUACCAACAUACUCUUAGAUGCGGUUAUUAUAAAGUUGGUCUCUUUAUUGAAUGCAAGUCUCCAAAAGUAGAUAUAUUACGUGACUAUAGAAAAUCAUCUUACAGCAACAUUUAUCUCGAUUCUUAUGGCGAACCUGAUCCUCAAUUAGAAAGAGGUAAGCCUUUAUUACUAAAUGACCACAACUAUCAAGAUUUGUGGAACUAUUGGGUAACCCAUUCAUUAGAAGAUAAAUAUUUAGCAAACUCUUCAUUGAGUUCAAGAAAUUUCUAAAAAUAAUAUUAUAAUAAAAGUAAUAUUUUUAAAGUUUUUUAUUUAUUUAAA